ACCUACCCCUUUAGCAUUAACACAGUAACGCACCCGUCAUCCGAACGUUUGCCGUCACUGUGGACACUACCGCCGCCGCCGCCGCCGCCGCCGCCGCCUCCGUUGCCGUCAACACCACCACCAUCGCCGCCGCCUUAAAAUACCAACUCUCGACGACGCAUUAACCGUGCCGAGCCAUUCCGCCGUGGGCAUCGUUUGCGUAAAAUACGUAAACACGGAUUUUUACCGACUGGGCAAUCGCUCACGCAACACUAACGUCGAUCUAACAUGAGCGACUCGCAAAAAUUCCUUGUCAAGACAGAGAGAAGUGGCAAUGUCUACGUUCACGUCCAGGGAGAUCUUACCCAGCAGGACAAAAGAGCCAUAUUUCUCACUGUUCAUGACCUAGGAUGCAACCAUAUAUCAUUUGAAAAUUUCGUGAAUCAGCCAUGUAUGAGUGAAAUUAAAGACAGAUCAAUAUUUAUUCAUAUCGAUGUACCCGGUCAUGAGGACAAUGCUGAUACUCUUCCUGAUUCUUUUCAGUUUCCAUCACUUCAAGUGCUUGGUGAAGACUUAGUGGCUGUAUUGGAUACCCUGCAUAUUCGUUAUGUUAUUGGAUUAGGAGAAGGAGCUGGUGCUAAUGUAGUCGCUAGGUUUGGUUUGGCACAUCCCUCACGCGUUUUAGGACUUAUACUCAUAAAUUGUACUGGUUCGGCUACAUCUGUGAAAGAAAAUUUUAAAUCAAAAUUCGUCAACUGGAAAGGUAAAUCAACUGUAAGCCAAUCAGCAAUGGAUUAUUUAGUUUUCCAUAAAUUUGGACAUCAACUUAUGAAUGAGACAAAUCCCGACAAAGAGUUGGUUAUCAAUGAGUUUGUAAAACGUCUUCAAGGUACUAUCAAUUCUAAAAAUCUCAAACAAUACGUAAACGCAUUUCUUAAUCGAAAGGAUCUGAUGCUUAAAGAUUACAAGCAAGACAUAUUAUUGGUAACAGGAGUUUUGGGAUCUUACGCUAAUGUGGUUGAGAAAUUACAUCGUGACUUAAAUAAACACAAGGCGACAUUAUUGAAAAUUGAAAGAGCUGGCGAUGUUUUAGCAGAAGCGCCAGCAAAAAUGGCGCAAAGUAUACUGUUAUUUUGCAAGGGACAAGGUCUACUUACUUCGGUUACGUUACCAGGCAUCGAGAGACAGCGCACAUUUUCAGGAAGUUCGUCAGAUGGCGAACGUCCGAGGCGCAGCUUGUCACGUGGCAUGAGCAUGGAAGAUUACGACAGACCAAAUAUUCGGCGGCUAUCUAUUUCCGUCAAUGAAAACUUACCGUCUCCCAAAUAAAGACUAAAUGAAUGAUCACCCGCGCAUAAACGAUUGACUAAAUUGAUCUAUAUAAAUACGCUAUUUGAAUACAUAUACAUUUAAAAAAAAAUCUAGUCAUUAACUUCUACUAUUACUUCUAUUUACGUGUAAUACAUUAAUCUUGCAUGAUUUGUUGUUAGUUCCUUUAGUCGCCCAAAAGAGCCAAAUAUAUACUUAUAUAUAAUUAUAUAUAUAUAUAUAUAUAUAUAUACAUUAUAUUAUAUAUCUUGUCCCUGGAUUCCGCCCACAUAUCAGUAUUAAAAAAAAAAAACACACUCACAAAAAAAGGCUCUUGAUUGUUUCUUACUUUAUGGAACACGUUCCUACAAUGACAAUAUAAGCGAGGGCCAAGAAUAAUAUUUUUGUUCGUUAAUACAAUAUUUGUUUUUUUUUUUUGUAUUGAGACAGUGAGGUUGGAUUGUUAAUGGCUAUACAUUAUAUCAACGAUUAUAUAUAGUGAAACCAAUAUUUUUCUUCUUUAAGAAAAAUAACAAUCGUGAUUUCACUUCAUUUAAUGCCAAAAUAUUUAUUAAUUUUUUUAAUUGUUGACAAAGUUCGUUUGUGUGAAACGCAUUUAAAUUUUUCAAAUGUUUAUUUUAGCCACGGGUGAGAAAACCUAAUCUUUUUUCACGUUUUUUAUAUCAUAUAUGAU